AUGGCAACAAAGGAGCGUCGUCGGCCAUUGUCGAGCCGUUCUGUAUCAAAAGCAGGGAAACAGGUGGCUGAAGACCUCGCCGAUGCAUUGGCCACAAAGUUAACCAUUUCAGGCUCCAAGGGAAAGCAAAAGGCUGCUCCGGAGGUGAUAACCGAAGAUGACCUUCGGAUUUCAGCAAUGCGGUCUGUCAAUUCGGCGUCACAAGAGCUUUCUAACGUUGUCCGUUCUGGCUGGAAGAAGUCCCUAUCCAACUUCUCAAAAACCACGCUGUCCAACGCCGAGUCGUCUGCCUUGACGGCGGAAGAGAAUUUGUGCGUCUUGCGUAGGAUAUGCCUGCAGGAUAUGGACGUGGAAAGGGCGGCAGUGAGUGUCUUAGGCAAGUUGGUUACUCUAGAUAUGCACGGUUGUGCAUUAACUGCGUUAGAAUCUAUGCACCCACGAAUAUGUGGUUUCUUGAAUGUUACGACGCCCACCUCGAAUGACCACCGAUGUCAUCUGCUAUCAAUACCACUCCCCUCACCACUACCAACGGAUAUAACUCUCUUGACACUUACAUCGACCUAUCUCGCUCACGCUCUUUCCACACUGGCUUCAAUAUCAACAAUUCCUCAAGCAGUCGAUGCACUGUCGUCGUCCUUGACACACCCCACAUCCUUCUCUUUUCUGACCUGGGUGCCCUCGAUAUCUUCCUUGCCCGCCAAACAAACAGACGCGAUGCUUACCCGCAGCUACUCGGCAAUUACGAAGCUCUGCUCCACUUCCACCUCCACAGCUUCGUCAACGGCAAAGAUCAAAGCGACCAAUCCAUCACCCAAUCCCGAGCGGGUUUUUCAACUACGAAUGUAUGCCCUUCGUUGUGUCUGCCACUCUUCCAGAGGGACAAUAGAAUCCGGCACAUUCUGGGAACAGGUAAUUAGGUCUGCUGUGGCUCUCGUUAAGGCCAGUCAGUCGCUUUCCCCCGAGGUGGAGGAGAAGGUGACAAAUCUAGUCCUCUGCGAAUAUGCGGAGAUUCUUGGGUGUGCUCAGAAGCGGGAAGAUGGCCUGUCAUUUUUAGAGGGGAAAGGUUUCGUCGGAUUUUGCGAGUAUUGGAUGGCUUUUGCGAAACGGGCUGGGGAUAUCUCUGCCCUUGAGAGGAUUGGAAAGCUGAUGCAGCAUGAGCUCCCCAAGCCGUCCUCCAGUAAGAUCGCCCAACCGGUGGGAAGGACGCAAGCACAAGAUGCCGAUACCAUCACAAAGGAGGCUACUCGGAUUUGCGCAGAAUUCGCACAGGUUACGACCUUGCUGGAGCAAAGGCCCGUAGAAGAUGACGUGCUAAUCAAGCAUCUGGAAUCAUGCACUGCCCUGAUAAAGACGUCAGCUUGCCUACAAUCUUUACUAUUCUCGGAAGACCAGGAACUCGCUCGUAUUAGUGGCAAAGUGGAUCGAGCAUUCGAAAGACUCCGUCGAAUGGCCGUCAAGUCACUUGACUCCCUGUCUACAGAUACGGAGGUUAAAGCCUUCGUGUUGUCUUGUGUCGACCUUCUCCAAAAGCUUGCAGUUUCCGUAGCGCGGAAAUCUGACAUCAUCACUCGCACGUUGGAUUCUCUCUUCGUGCUCGCACGCACUGCUCUCAAUGUUCAGGACCCUAGGACGUAUGUCCCUGCCUUUGAGCAUCUCGGGGUUGCGGUAUCUAUCCUUGAUUCUGUGCCUCAGGAUGCAGACGUAGACCGUGCGAAUUACAUGCGUUGCAUUUCGGGGACAUACUACAACAUUUCAGGAUCACUCUAUCAAGCAACACGAUAUGGUGCUGCAGUGCCGUUUCUACGUGAGGCGUGUCUUCUUGGCGCAAAGGCGUUGUCGAUGAAAGGGCGCGGGGAAGGGAAAGGGAAGGGGAAGGAAGAGGCAAAUCCGGAGACGAAGAGUAAAGUCGACGGAGAAAUGGAAUGGAAUCAGCUGGAAGAGCAGCUUUACCGUCGCUGGGAGUUGCUCGCUGUUUGUUAUAGUAAGAAUGGGGAUCGCAAGAAUGCCUACGACGCUUUCCAACAGUGUAUAUGCACAUUUCCGUUUACGUCCUCUGGAUUUGAAGGUCAAACGGAUGCGAAGAGUGUCGAGGAUUUAUUCGGAGCAUCUGCCAGCUCAUCCGUUAAGCAGUUAAUGGCCACCAUCGACCGAGUAAGUUACAUUGGGGCAUGCGAGCUGCUUCUGCCGCCAGAAGAUGUCUCCCUUCGUUCUCCCCAGCGUUUCGCUGCCUCUGAUGACGGCAACCUUGUCAUGGACCCUCGGGUUGUCGGAGUCCUUCUGGAGCAGCAGAUUGAUGGCCUUCAGCCGAGUCAAUGGAAAGAGGGCGUACGGGGUGUCUUUGUGAAGCUGUUAAGAGAUUCUCUGGAAGUUUAUGAUGCGGCCUCGUUCCCUAUCAGGCGAUCCAGAGUUCUGAUAAGGUGUAUGGCCUUUGCAUAUCGGGACUCUGGAGAUGACUGGGCCGUGAUCUUGGGAAAUGUGCAGGAGAUGGGCAGUGAAGUAGAGCGUCUCUUGACGGCUCAGAACUUGGCUCGGGAUGUUGCAUUAGCUCCUUACCGCCUGCAAUACCAUGCAUCCGCACACCUCUGGCUCGCACUUCACGCUCAUAAACGCGCAGACCCGGAGCAAGGCACAGUUAUGGCUCAACAUGCAGAUCAAGCGUGUCAGAUUCUGAAAGACCUCCUCGCUCUUGGUCCAGCUGGGAGUCCCAGGGUAGCGAGGAAAGGGCUGAGUCCCAAAGUGAGAAAGGUCUCAUCCUCGUUAACGCAGAUACCAAGAAUUGUAUCCCCCAAAGCUACCAGGACCACUCGUCAACGCGUACCGGCUGCUCCAAAGAAAGCUGCUCCAGUCAAGAGUAACUCGAGGGUGGCUGCUCGUCCUCCUGUUACUCCCCAGGUCAAGCCAAGGGCUGCACUUCAGCCAGUUUCACUGAAUACUGCGAGAACGCCACCUCGACCCUCUUUGGAUGCUGCUGCGAAGACGAAGUCACUGUUGACUUUUGAUGACUUUGAUCAAUUUUUAGGGCUGCUCCAACUCACGGCUCGCCUUCUUGGUCUCCUUUGCCUGGUUCUUCCAAAAGUCCAUAUAUUGGACCUCACAAGGAAGUUGUGUGAGCGCCACGCUGGCGUGGCGAGCGAUGGAUACAUCUCUGCAUCAAUUGACCUUGCACAUGAGUACGUGAAGAUUGGUAAGAUGAAGAGGGUGGCCAUGAUUUUCAAUCUGGCAUUGGAGGUUGUUAGAAACGGACAAGCCUCGCCGGAGGUAUCCUCCGCCUUCUUGUUACGAUUUGCGGAGUCGUUGGCCUUAAUCGAGGAUGUGUCUCGAAGCUCAAAUGUCUAUAACGAGGCGCUAGUUCAUUCAAGCAGGUUGGAUACGGAGGAGAAAGGAUCGACCACUCUUCAACGGAUCCAUACACGGGUCAAGCGUCUGGAGAGGGCAGCGAUGGCUUCCCAUAUCUUCGGAUUGAUUCAGUAUUGCAAGGAGGACGUUGCUACAUCACUGGAAGGCAUGCUCCAGUCUCUUCGUUUGUGGAAUCGGGCUGUGGACACAUUAGGACGUCUUAACCCUUCGCCUCAAUCCUCCACUAAACCAUCCUCGGAAUCGAAUCCAUUUGAAAUGACAGGUAUGAAAGAAGCCCUUACGGCUGACCAAACAUCCGCUCCAGCACAAUCACAACCUACGCCGAACAAGUCAUACCCUCCACGAUCUUUCAUUCAUGAUUUGGAGUGGCGGACAGCUGAGGGACUUUUUUCCACUCUGUUCGCGUUGUCGCAGAUGUACUUGACGCGUGGAUCCCCUCGGGAAGCUGAGUACUUUGCACAGCAGGCUCAGGAUCUUGCCGAAGCAUUGAACGUUCCCACUGUUGUUGGCCGUGCGUUGACUCGGAAGGCAGAGGUUCAGCUUCAUCUUGGUCAACUGCAGGAGGCAAAUGCAACACUGGAAAAAGCUGCUGCGUUGCCCUCUCACCUGCCAGGCAUUGAUACUAUUAUCGUUCAUCGGCUCCGAGCGGAGUGUAAUGAGCGAAGCGCUCAGCAUGAAGAUGCGCAAGAACUUUAUCUUUCGACAAUGAAAAUGCUGGAGGAGCUUAAUGGCGCGUUCCAGCAAUUCGAGAGUUUGGCGUUUAGUCCUCGACGAUCACUAGGAACAUCCCCUCGGACGAAGCUUCUCCCUGACACUGUUGCUCCUGAACUCCUGGCAGCCGUUCUUCACCAGCAUAUCUGGUCACGACGCGAUCAGCCAGAUGAAGACCUCAAUGGCCUGCUUGAGAAGUUCUUGUCUCUGCCGUCUUCAUCCCGAAUGAAGGCGAAUGAGAACUCUCUCAUGGGAAAACUAACUCUCUACAGUGUCUAUGCUCGCUUCCGCGCUGAUAUGUUCCUAAGUUCCCUCACCGAGUUUACAAUCGCCAUUCCCAUGGGAAUGUCGACUACGCACAAGGUCGCGUUCGCAUUACCCACUCAGGAUGUUCUGAACGCUUUGGAAGAGGCAGAGAAGCUAUUUCAAGCAAACCUAUCAUUGACUUCUCGGAAUGGUAGUGUCCUCAAACUUCGGGAUGCUGCCAUUUCUCUCGCACUUAUCGAAGCCUUCCAAACUUCCCUUGGCAGACCAGGAAAUGGCGGUUCGGUGGUCACUGCCACGUUACUGGAUGUUUCGACUGCAAUUACUCUGCGGAGAGAGAUGUUGGAAUCCAUCGAACACAAAUUUUCUGCACCUCACAUGUCCGACGACCUCCAGUGGCCACUUAUCACCUCGGAUGGGACACCUCGUCCUCGGCCAAAGAUAGAACGCCCGGGCAGAUUCAACGUUGAUUUAGAGUCCGAUGAUGAUGCAGAAGACAGCGCCUUGCGAGAAGAUGCCUUGAUUCAAGCGUACUGGACCUCUAUCCGAGAAAAAUAUCGCUCACGACGCCUUGACGUUCAAUCUCUUUCGACCUCGGAGACGGGGGACCUUCCCGGUAACUGGAUCGUAAUCAACAUCAAUAUCACAGACGAUAAGAGCACGUUGUUCAUCUCACGACGAGAAGGCGGAGUCGAAGGAAGCCAACCACUUGUUUUCUGCGUGCCUCUGAAAGGAAGGAGAGAUAACGGAGAUGACAAUGACGAAGACCAUUUAGGGUUCGACGAUGCUAUUGGCGAGUUGCGCGAGAUCGUAAGAUUGAGUGACGAGGGUACCAAGACAGCCGUCAACAUCAAAUCGGAUGACGAAGAGGCUCGCGCGAAUUGGUGGAAGCAAAGGGGUGAUCUGGAUACGAGGUUACGCGAGCUGCUUGAAAAUGUCGAGUUUUGCUGGUUGGGAGCGUUCAAGAUAAUCCUUAGUCCACGGUCGGACGCGACUCCAGAGAUGAUUUCGGAUCUCCGGGCGCAAUUCGACAAGAUCUUUCAGCGAAGCCUUCAUGUUAAGGACAAGAAACCGAAGCAGCGGGCAGGAAACCACAAGAAAACUGCAUCGCAGGCACAGGGACCCAGUCAAUUGACACUCGACGAUCCGAUUCUCAAGUGUUUCUCCACGUUGUCACCGAAAUGCAAGGAUGAAGAGCUCGAAGAUCUUAUCUACUUCAUCUUGGACCUCUACUCAUUUCACGGCGUCCCAGUCGCUAUUGCAGAAGUCGAUAUCGCUCAGCUGGUGGUAGACCUUCGGGCUGUGUUGGAAGAACACGCGGCGAAGCUUCGGCAGUGGAAAAAGACGAUCACAGGCAAGAUGACCACUUCAUUGGCGAAUGACCAGGACGAACAUUUGUUCUUGGUCCUCGACAAGAAUGUUCAGGGGAUACCUUGGGAGAGUAUACCGAUCCUGAGAGGGCGAAGUGUCAGUCGGAUUCCCAACAUUGAGUUCUUGUACGACAGGCUUGCGUUCGCCAAGUGGAAAAGACAGGGCGAUUCUGUGGAGGACGAUCCAAUCACUGGAGCGGUCAUUGAUCCUCGAAAAGGAUACUUCAUCUUGAAUCCCAGUGGCGAUCUAGCUCGAACUGAAGGUCGAUUCCGGGAUUGGGCUCAUGGGAUGAAGAAAGCUGGGUGGGAUGGUGUGAUUGGCCAGGCUGUUAGUGAGCAGCAGUUUGUGAAUGCGCUGAAGACGCAGGACUUGGUUGUUUACUUUGGCCAUGGAGGUGGGGAACAGUAUAUCCGAUCUCAUAGGAUUCGCAGCCUUCCGAAAUGCGCUGCAACUAUGCUUUGGGGUUGUUCGUCGGGUGCUCUCCGGGAGUUGGGUGAUUUUGAUAGGACGGGAACACCUUAUAACUACAUGCUCGCUGGAUGCCCUACGCUUGUCGCGAACUUGUGGGACGUCACUGACAAGGACAUCGACAAGUUCUCCCAAUCCGUCUUCGACAAGUUGCGUUUGACGCCUGCCGAUGUUAGCAAGUGGAAUGAACCCGGAAAGGAACCCCACACAUCUCCUUCUCUGUCUCUGGUGGCUUCUGUGGCACAGUCGCGGGAUUCAUGCAAGCUGAAGUACUUGACUGGCGCAGCUCCCGUGGUGUACGGUAUACCAUUUUACCUUUGA